AUGGCGCUGCCGGCGCUGCAGCUCCUCGAUCGCCUCCCGAAGCCGGUCCUCCGCCUCCCGGAUCCGGCGCUCCACCGCGCCGUCGGUGCUAUCUUGCACAUGGGGUGGCAACACCACCUGAUCCGAGACUACUCGUGUCAAUCUAUCUAUAAAUCCACAGCCUACAAUCAUAUCCUCCUCACCCCAGCAUGCAAAGUUGACAAUAUCUUAUAUCCUGGUGAAACUCUUAGCACUAACAACAAUCUGGAAUAUGGGAGCUAUAGUUUUAUCAUUCAAGAAGAUUGCAAUCUGGUCUUAUAUGAUAAUGGAAACCCCAUUUGGGCAUCCAACACCGGCAGGUUAGCCAGGAAUUGCCAUUGCACCAUGCAAACUGAUGGGAACCUUGUGGUAUAUGAUCCUAACGGAGUCGCAAUUUGGGCUAGUAAUACUACCCGAGACGAAGGCUUCUACAUUCUAAUCCUUCAAAAGGAUAGAAAUGUAGUCAUCUAUGGUGGGGCUACUUGGGCUACUGCUACUAAUGCAUAUGGGAGCAAUGCAAUGACAGUGGUCACUGUGGUCAGCGCCCCUAAAACCAAUUGCACCGCUUUGGUUUGA